UUGCGAAUGUUUAUCCAAACUAAUUUAAGAUCUGUGAUAAAAGACCAUUAAGCAAACCAUUUCUUACAGCGAACAACUUCGCUCGCUGAUUCCCUUUUCAAGAGCGAUUUGACAUCUGGUUUAAAUGCAGUCUCUUUUGUAAUUUGGCUUAUGAUUCAGAUAAUCGGCUUAAUUGAAGUGAAAGUUACAAAGGGCUUUUUGAGGCCUCCCGUGUCCAGUUACAAUGAAGCUAGUUUAAUUGGAACGAGGUCGCUAUCGUCUUUAAUUAAGAAAGGACGAGAUCAUCAACAUAAAAAUACGGGUACAUCGCGCUGUGAAGACUGUGGAAGAGAUUUUAGCUCUCUGAAAGAUCAAUUCCAUUAUUUACAAAAUGAAAGAAGAAGGAAGAACCGGGCAUUUUGUAACUGAAGACACAAAAAUGGAAGAAGUCAAUUCAUUGACGAUACAUGGAGUGCCUAAAAUCUUCACAACAAAGUCAUACUUCUCAAGAGUGCUAUGGGCCUUACUAUGCACUUCAACCGUGGUAUUUCUUAUAUACUUCAUGUUGGACGCAAUGCGAAAACAUCUGAAUUUUGAGAUUUAUAUAAAAGAGGAAAGAAUUCCAAAGCAUGAGAUGAGCUUACCAGCUAUCACGAUUUGCAACACCAACUUUUAUUCUGGUGAUGAUGAUGGUUAUGCUGUUGAUCAAGUUCUGCCAAAAAACUGCUCGUACACUGAUGCAAAGUAUUUUAAAACCAACACUAGCAGAGAGAAUUUUCUGGAUAUCUGCCGCUGGUUCUAUGGUGGAAUUAUGGGCGAGUUCAACUUCAAUGGAAUAGAAUUCCCUCAAAAUGCUUCAUUACUGCCACAUGUCUGGCCAUGCGUAACAUUAAACCAAAACAGUUCUCUUGCCCAGAAAGGAGAGAAGCAAAGGUCUGGGCUAAAACUUAUUAUGGUGUUUGACGAAAGGAGACGAAGCAAAAAUCCUUUUUAUUUGGAUCCAAUGUACGAAGAUGAGAGAGACGGAUUGUUUGUGGCAGUUCAUGACCCAAGAGAAGUCAUUCCCUCUUUUUCUGGAAUUUCCUUACCUCCUGGUUAUCAUACAAUUGUAAAACUUCGAAAGAAGGUCAUCCAAAGGAAAGAAGCUCCGUAUCCUUCAAAAUGCCUUCAUUCCGGUCCAAAUAAAACUUUCAAUCUUUUCCCUGGUAAAGAUCGUAGAGAUAAAUGCCUAUAUUCGUGCUUUGGCUUGAGACUUUAUCAAAAGUGCAAUGGCACAGAAGUAACAAUGCGUCAAUUUAUGAACAAAAAAGAAUUCCCGAAUAUCCUAAAUAUGACUGAUGGGAAAACGAUUAAAUGCGUGAUGGAGGUUGCUGAAAGUGUCGACGCUGUGAAUUGCAAAUGCGGUAUUUUUUGUGACGAAGAGGUCUACGAGACUCAAACAAGUCGGGUUCCAUGGCCGCAACAAUGGAAAGCAGAGGAACUUACGGGCAUUUUCCCAAGUUUAACAAGUUCAACAAUAAGGCAAACGUUCAUUAAGCUGACUAUUUACUACGAAGAAAUCAGCGAGUUUAGGUACACAGAGGAAGAAAAGUACAGCAUAAUGAAUGUUUGGACUGAUUUUGGAGGACAAAUGGGCUUGUUCAUUGGCGCAUCUUUGAUCUCUUUUGUAGAGAUUCUGUUGUUGCUGCUCGGUUGUCUUCAAAAAUGUUGGAAGAAGAAAAUUAAUGUAGCUUAAUCUUAAUGACUGUCUUCUAGUCGUAAAAGGACCAAGCCAAGAUUUGCUAUUCUUUCCCUUGAUAAGCACUAUAAAAGAAGAGAGUAUCUCAAACUGUUUAGGUCCUGCGUCCUCCAGUAAUAGAGGGCCAAUCAGCGUAAUGCCAUUGAAUCGGUAUCACAGCUGUGGGUGCUUGCAGUCUGUAAAAGUAACCAAAAAUAUCAGACUAUAACAAAGGCUUUUUUUCUUCAUCUAUUAGAGAUUCCUCUGAAAGUAUCGAAAACCUAUGGCACGACUUGUGAUUUUUAGCGAGAUUCUUCAGCUUUCUAAUCUGUUUGCUAUCACAGAUCAUGCUGACUGAUUUUUAUUACUGAUGUGUUUACUAUGAUAAAGCUACUAUGACAACUGAUACCCUUUUGAGGUCAUGGCAGUCUGUGUCUAUUUUACGCUACGAUAUCAGCAUCUUGUGUCAAAUGAUAUGAAAUACCAUAUAAUGCUUUUAUUGAUCUUAAUUGCUGAAAGUGUCUUUUUGAGUUUUACGUUCUACCGUUUGAACAUUUGAAAGAGUAACCACUUCUAUGUUAGAUAGUGAUAUAUGAAUACAAUACCGUUCUUAGCGCUCUUAUCAUAGAGGAGCUGUUAUGAUGCCAUAAGAACAAAAGUUUCAAUUGCAAUGUAAAACAGCCCUCAAAAAGUUGGAAACAUAAUUCAGUAUGACCUGUGUUUUGUGUCUUUUUACAUGAUUGUUUUUGCGUAAUUUUCAGCCUCAGUUUCUCCAGGUGUUCUUGAUAGCAAAGAAACAGCUUUGAAGAACAUUUUACUGGCUUCAUAACCAACUUUUCAGGCCACUUACAGUCACCUGCCUCCACAAUUCUCUUCAAUUUUUUAGAAUUGGUGCUACUGCCAUCCAAAUGAUACUUGCAAUAUCGCUUAGAUAACCUUUUUUUCUCUGUUUAAAUCGUCUGCGUCCUCUUUCCAUUGAAAGUUGUAUUCAUUAAGUGGUCUUCUUAGACCAUUUUCUGGCUACCAUUCCGGCAGCAUGGCCUGUCCACUCCAUGUUAAAUUUUUUCUACAACAUCAAUAACUUUGAUGUAUGAUCUUAAACUUUCAUUUUUCUUUCCUACUGAACUAGGCGUCUGAUGUAAAGCAUUGCCAUGUGAUUGCUUUUGUACGUCUUGCCGGUCUAUGCCUCUAUUUCUGUUAGUGUUCAUGCUCCAGCACCGUAUUUCAUUGCUGGCACACGUCUCUGUAUAAAUCUUUAAAGCAAAAGCUUUUCAAACUGAAGGGUAUUGACUUUUCACCAUAUUGCCGUUUUCCGCAUCUUGUUGUCAUUCUGCUGUCAUUUAUCUCUUGGAGAUUUCUCAAUGUGCUUCGAUUUUGGAUAUCAUCAGCUGACCUACGUUGCAUAUUCAUUGAUUUCGUCUAUGACCCCAUUCUCUAUUUAUGACUCAUGUUCCUUGAGAUUUCCUUUCCAUCACUAUUGCAUCUUUAACAUUCUUGAUUCUAUUUAUACUUCAUAUUCAUUCCAUCUUUCGAAGGAGUCAUGAGGCGUUUUUGGGCACUUGAGGAACAGGGCAGAUGCAAUUACAAAAUACCAAUGGGAGAUUUAAUGCAAAAGCAGGUGAACAAAUCGUCAGGAAAGAAAAAGAAAAAACAGACGACUUGUCAAACCUUCUGAGAGUUACAGCUUGAUAAUGACAAAGACCAUGAUUGAAAAGAGGAAAGUCGCAAGUAGACACGGAGAAGCCCCAAUACCACGGCAAAAAUAAAAUAAAAUGCUAAAAAACAAACAUCAAAUGUUUCUCAAUGCUAGAGUAGUGAACAAUUAGGAGUAAGAAGUGCUCAUCGAUUGGAUAGAAAAAUUAGAUACAAGAACAAAGAUAGGAAAUAACUUUAGAAGAAACACGACAUAGGUCAAUUUGAAGUUAUCUUGAUAUUGCAAAAAUGCUAUAUUCUUACUCCUUUAUUGAUUUCACCAUCGCCAUAACAUACCGUUGAGUCAUCCACUGCUUUGUAUACCGCAGAACAUUUCCUCUACCAAUUUUAUCAACUCCACUCAUCUAAGUCAUGCUGACUCUCUCGCUCCCAAGCCUAGAUCUUUCCUAAUCACAUUGCAUCAUCAUUGCAUCUUCAUUGCAUCAUCAUUGCAUCAUCAUUGUAUCAUCAUUACAUCAUUAUUGCAUCAUCAUAACUUAUCCUUGUUCGGCACAAAAAAUCUUAGAAACAUCAC